AUGAAUGUUAGUUCGCAAUGUGACGGUUUAUUUAUUGAUAUCCAUGAUACUCUUUACUGUUCAAUGUCUUCUCGUCAACAAGUAGUAAAAAGAUCAUUAAAUGAUUCCCUGAUGACUUCAAACCGUGUUGCUGCUGGAACAGGUAUUCAAGGAUCAGCCUCGAAUGAACUUAAUCGUCCUGUUGGGAUCUUUCUGGAUGUCAACUUGGAUUUGUAUGUGACAGAUUGUCUAAAUGACCGAAUUCAGUUGUUUCAACCAGAGGAAUCAAAUGGCAUUACAGUAGCUGGAAGUACAUCAUUAAAUCCAACAAUUACACUUCGUUGUCCAACUGGAAUUGCCUUAGAUGCUGAGAGGUACUUAUUCAUUGUGGAUCAAGGCAACGAUCGAAUUGUUGGUUCAGACUCGGAUGGUUUUCGAUGUUUAGUUGGAUGUGAUGGAAUGGGUUCACACUCUAAUCAAUUGAGUUAUCCAUUUAGUUUGAGUUUUG